AUGGAAACCGAAGAAACCAUUUUACUCAAUUACUUUUUGAAUAGCGAACUUCAAGAUAAUAUAACCCUUCAACAAUUUAUUAAAAAAUUUCCUCCCGCUUAUAGUUCAAACCCACAAAUUAAAACUUUAUACAAAGAAUAUCAUGAUCAAAGAAGUGAAAAUAGGAAACUUGUUAAAAAGAAUACUGUUGAAGAGUGUAAAAAAUCUGAUCAAUGGAAUAAUGAGGAUGAUGAUGACCGUUUGACAUUAGACCAAGCAAAUAAACUACUUUCGACAGAAGAAAAGAACAUGUUACAUGAAAUCAAUUUUAUGAAACAUGAAUGCAAAAAAUGGAUUCAAGAUAUUCAAAGAAUUAAUGGAAAUAUGAGUGACUUGAGGUAUGGUAAAAUCUUACCAGAAGUUAUUAGGGAAGAAGAAAUAAUUAAUGAAUUAAAGUCACAGAGUCAUUAUAUUGAGAUUCAAGGUAUACCUUCUCCGACCAUAGAAGAAAAUUCACUUACAUUGACAGUGUUCUUGGCACGUUUCACAACUAUCGCAACUUAUUCGCUCAUAACAUUCUUUACAGCCUUGAUUAAUAAAUUAAUAAAAAAAUUAACUAUUAGCAAUGAAAUAUAA